AUGGCUAACGAAGACAACCUAGUUCGCGUCAAAACCGUCCUCGUCGGCGAUGGAUCCGUCGGUAAGACCUGCAUGGUCUACUCGUAUGCUGAGAACAAAUUCCCAACCGACUAUGUCCCGACCGUCUUCGACACCUUCACUGCCACCGUCCACGUUGACGGCCGUCCCCGUACCCUCGAGCUCCUCGACACAGCUGGACAAGAAGAUUACGAGCGCCUUCGUGCCCUCUCCUACCACGAGACCGAUGUAUUCAUUCUCUGCUAUUCCAUUGUUCAUCACCCAUCCCUGGAAAACAUCGAACGCCGCUGGGCCCCUGAGAUCAAGCGAGUCAGUCCUGGUAGUCAUAUGAUUCUCUGUGGUUGCAAGAUGGAUCUCAGGGAGGAUCCCGUCGAACUUAAUCGCUUGAUGCAACGGGGACAGAAGCCCGUCACAACUGCCGAGGGCGAGAGUGUUGCCCGCACUAUUGGAGCCGACUCAUUUUUCGAGUGUUCAGCACUCACUCAAGAAGGUCUGAAGGAUGUCUUUGAUGAAGCUUUGCUGUCGGCUUGGGACCCACUUCCCAAGCCAAGGAGGGGCGGACAAAUACCUGGAUCGUCGCCAGGCGCAUGCUGUACAAUCAAUUAA